ACACGCGCGCGCGAUUUUCUCGCAUUGUCGAUUUUGAACGAAACUUCUUUGGCACUAAUAAAUCACUAGCAUUGAUAAAUGCGCCUUAUCAUAAUCGGUCCUUCUUGAAAGCCAUCGAUGAGAUUACAUGUGCCAUAUACACUAUAAUAUUGAAUCUAAAUUGGUAGCCGUUAUCAAUGGUCCUAACAAGGGUUGAUAUCUAAGGGCGAAUUAGAUGAUAUGAGUCGUCGGAAAUCGGGUAUAAAAAAGGGCACACCAGCCGCAACACCUCAGUUCCAGUGAUAGUGCAAGAUGAAGUCGGUCCUAGUUCUGGUGUUCCUGGCCUCAGUGUCCAGUGCAAAGUGGAUUGAAAACUUACAGACCAAUAAUGGUCAUUCCGAAGGACCAUCUCGGCGGAUCGUCAACGGCCAGGAGGCCAUUCCCGGACAGUUUCCGUAUCAGGUCCUCAUGCUGACUGAAUUUCCCAACAGUGGCACUAAUAUUAUAACGGGAGGAUCCAUUUUGACCGUCAACUACGUCCUGACGGCGGCAAGCACUUUCUUCAGUGGAGGCGCUCAAGCCACCGGAGGUACCGCUGUGAUGGGAGCUCACAAUCAUGCCAAUCAGGAGCCUUCACAACAGCGCAUCCGCUUCGAUGCAUCGGGAAUUACCGUCCAUCCGCAAUACGUUAAUGACUUUCCAAAUAGACGUAACAACGUGGGAGUUGCCCGGUUGAACUCACCGAUGACCUUCAACGACCGUGUUCAACCUAUUCGCCUUCCGGCGCGAUCCGAUACUCGCCAGUUUGAAGGAUUUAUGGGAACUGUUGCCGGAUUCGGAUUUACCAACGACAAUGGUCCGCUCGCAGAUGUACUGAUGUACACUUCGAACCCGAUCAUGAUGAAUGCCUUUUGUAUGGCCAGAUGGGAAUAUGUAAUUGUGCAGCCGGAUAACGUUUGCAUGAGCGGCGACGGUGGUCGGUCGUCCUGCGUCAGUGAUACUGGUGGUCCUCUAGUGAUCGACGAUGGAGGACCCCUACAGAUCGGAGUUGAAUCAGUUCGAGGAGAUCCAUGUUCCAUUGGCUUGCCAUCGGUAUAUACACGAGUAACCCCAUUCCUGGCAUGGAUCGAGGCCAACACGGAUUAUGUAGUCAGACCUUGAGCAAUAAAAAUUGAUCCAAUCGCCAUUUAUACAUUAUCGGAA